AGACAAUACAUUUAUUCGUGAAGACAGCAAACCUCAGCCAAGCGUGACGACGGAAUGGCCCUAAAGAUGCAUCGCGCUGCAAUGGCUAAGAGGCCCGCCCCAUUUGUGCGCAACCCGGUUGCGGUUGUUCGCUGUCAAGCUUCCCCCUCCCCCGAGGGCCGCCCCUCCCUCCUCUCCUCCGGUGGCGCUGUGGCCGCUGCCGGGCUGUCCUGCCUGGCCGCCAACCUGCUGGCCGCCAACCUGGCACUGGCGGAGUUCCGACUGCCGCCCAUCGACAACGAUCCCAACCGCUGCGACCGGGGCUAUGUGGGCAACACCAUCGGCCAGGCGAACGCCGUGUCGGACAAGAUCCUGGAUCUGCGGCUGUGUUCGUACAGUGGCAAGGACCUCCAUGGUCGGGUGCUGGCUGGCGCCCUGCUGGCGGAUGCGGAUCUGUCCAACACUAAUCUGCAGGAGGCGGUGCUAACCAAGGCCUACGCAGUGAAGGCCAACUUUGAGAAUGCGGACAUGACUAAUGCGGUGGUUGACCGAGUUGACUUCUCUGGCGCCAAUCUGCGCGGUGUGCGGUUCAACAACACGGUGGUGACCGGGGCGCAGUUCGCGGGGGCGGAUCUGGAGGGAUCCGUGUGGGAGGACGCGCUCAUCGGCUCGCAGGAUGUGGGCAAGCUCUGCGAGAACCCCACCCUCACCGGGGAGAGCCGCAUGCAGGUGGGCUGCCGGGUCAGCCGCAGCACCACAAUCCCUUCCUACGGCAUAAGCCCUCACAUUAUUCUAUCAUUGUACAUGUAA